AUGGAACGCGUAAGACACCAAAAGUGUUCCAAUCUGGUUGGUCUCAGAACACGUCCAAAAGCCCACCUCUUUUUCUUCAUACACGUGAAAAACUGUGCACCAGCUUACCCAUUAAAGGUUGGCCACGUAAGCCAGAAAAUCUUACGCCUCCAAUCAAAACCUGCCACGUCACCAGAUAAGACCCUUUUCCCGUAUACCCCUAAUAAGCUUUUGCAGCAGUGA